AUGGGGAAGUACUCGAACUUAGUCUCGAGGCUUGUGAGCAACUCGCAACUAAAGAUAACUCAGACAGCUAAAGUAUGUCCCAAGCAGCUGCUCGAUGCAGCUCUGCUGGCACCAGUGGUACCGCCGCACACCUACUCCUCCGGCAGGGAUCAGGCAGCCGCAUGCCUAGCCACAUCUGGUGCAUCUCCGUCCUAUAAAAGACGCAGUUUAGAACUGAUCGGACAUGCAAGUGAGAAGCGCAAUGACGUGGGCUCGACGAUUUCCGGCGAGCCCAGUACAGAAGCAUUCACCAAGGCAACUAGCAUUUGGGCUACCUUGGAGACGCAUGCCAUGCUGGCUUUGCCUAGCCUCAGUCCGUCCGGGAUCCUCCAAUUCAUGUUCCUGGCACUGCGGGGAAACUACACGCCCGUGGAUUUUAUCCAAGAGCUGCACCAAUACCUGCUUACUAGCGAGCCAGCGGCCCCCCCAGUUGAAGCAUUCUGGCAGCUGUGGACUGCAAACGAUAUAGCGCUGUUGUGCAAAUUGCUCGUUGGACUGUCUGAGGGGCCGCUUGUUCUUCUGGUUUGCGCUCGCAUCGCCUGUUGUCUACCCCACUUUCUCCCGCAAGACUCGGCUAUUGUUAUAAAUGCUAUGGCCGCAGACCCUUCGUCCUAUUUGACUAAGUGUUUGGUGCAACCAUUGAACCAGCUGAUAGAGACAGCCUCUCACAAGCCUGCUGCUGCGGCUGAGAAGGCACUCUUGAUCGAACUGUCCCGCCAUCUCCAGCAGUGUAAUGGGCCUCAUGAGGCAGCGGCACAUACCCUGAAUGGAGCUGAUCCCACAUGGUCUCUAUUUCAGUGGCUGCUAACGGGCUUCACGAAACAGGCAGGUUCCCCGGAUGUAUGCGAAUAG